AUGUCUGAUGUCCAGCCACUUGAGGAGUCAGAAAGUUCGCUCUCUGCUUCUGCAAGGCCCUCUGUCAGUGAGGUCAAAAAGUGGAGCAUGGAUGACCUCAUCAAUCACCUUCAAAGUGUUUAUCUGAACAAAUUGGAUGAUGACAACUUUGGAAUCUUACAACAAAACAAGAUUGAAGGCAGUGUGUUUCUCGAGCUGAUGAUGGAGGACUUGAUGCAUUAUGGAAUGGUUUGUGGACCUGCAUCUAUGAUCAGUAAAUACAUCCAACAACUCAAAGGGCAGCCAUCAACUGUAUUGGGGAAAAGGAAAUUGGAACUGGUUGAUAUGGAGGAAAAGCUUGUUGAGCUACUGGAAGCUGAACACCAACAGGGACCUGUUUCAGUCUCAAACAUGGAUACAUGUACAUGUCAGAAGCUGCUUGAAGCCUUUAAUUUUACUAGAGAAGCAGUUAAUAUCCAAGCAAAUCCAACAAAUAAGUGGGUUAGUUUUGAGUGGGAUGAGGAACUUCCAGAAGGCAAUCAUAAUCAAUCACCACAGUAUCUUCAAUGGCUUGAGAACAACAUUGCCAUUCCCUCCACAAUAGUAUGGUAUGAGUUUUGGCAAGAGAGAAAUCUCUUCUCAUACUAUGGAGAUUCUCUUCCCUUUCCCAUGACAGGAACCUCAUCUUCAUCUGAUGCACCAGUCCAGCAUAUAUUAAUAUGGGUCAAACACUACCAUACACGAACUGCAGAUGUUGUCAUUGCAAAAAAAGAAUACAUCAGUACUUGUCAUGUGAGUGGCAGAGUCAUCAUUGUGAUUGAACUGAAGAAGAGCAUCAAAAAUGUACACAUCAAUCAGGCCAUUGAGGAGCUGAUUCUGGCAAGCAUGCAUUCAAACUAUCCUGUAGUUGUUAUUUCAGAGAAGAUUGGAUCUUUUAUUGGCUCGAAAAUGGAAAAAUUAUGGAGCAUGGCACUGCUUGACAGCACCAAUCUUCUAGCAGCCAUUACAAUUGCUGAAUCUGUUACAUUGACAGAGCAAUCAGAGACUUUAUCUGCACAGCCUUUUGCAUACCCUCCUAUUACUAUUGCAAACAGACAAAAGCUUGAUGAUUUUGAGAUUGAAGCUGAUGACAGUGACAUAGGGAAUAUGAAGGAUUUCUUUGACAUAAUGACAAAUGAGGAGAGAUGCAAGUGGAAAGCAAAGCAAAUCCUGAAGGCUUGGAUGAAAAGUCCUAGCUUUUAUUCAGGCACUUCAUAUGAUGACUACAAAUUGUCUAUUACUAAGUACACCUGA